AUGUCGUCAGAGGCGGACAGCCUUCGACGAUCCAAACGGAAUAAAUUUCACCUAGACGUCGUCUCCAUGCACUUGGUCCAUCCAGAAAGACGACGUACUCAGCCGGGCCGCCUCACACCAUCACCAGACUUGCCUGCUCGUCGUGCAUCAUCACUCAGCCCUUCAGCGCAUGAAAGCCCUGAACCAUCUGAAGAGAAGUCGCGAAGAGUUCGACGACUUCCUGCAAGGAACGCAAGCUAUGUUUUCGACGAUUCGGAUGAUGAUGAAUGCCGUCGAGGUCUUGAAGGAACGAAUCUAUGCGUGAAAUGUCCAGCUCGAUUCGAGACUCGCCCAGGACUCGCGAAUCACUUUAAAUUGCAUUUCGGAGAAAAACGCAAAUUUGCCUGUGAGUUAUGUGACUUUUCGGCGACCACGCUAAAGUCGUUACGUUUUCAUCGACGGGUUCAUGAUCGUUAUGGGGUUGGACCGGCUAGUCUCCAAGAACCGCUCAACAGUGAAUUAUCUAUUGAGGACUUGCGUUGCGAGACGUCAUCAUCCUCUGAAAUUUGCCCGACUUCGUCACCACCACAACUAUCUCCUCCAGCAGCAUACAGUUCAUGUUUGGCAAGAAGUAACACAGAGCCAGGUCAUCUGUCUACGCUCACUUCAAACUCCGCCACACCACCACCAUGCCGUCGAAAUGCAGCUGCUCCUGUUCCUCCAAUGACUCCGCCACCAAAUCUCGUGCGAGUCAUGAACACUAGUGCGGUUUUGAAUCGUGCAUUUCAUGAGAAACCUCGAAAAUGUAUUCAAUGCCCGUACAAGGCAAAAACGAGGGAUCGCAUGAAAAAUCAUAUGAUUGGACAUCAAAAGCGUACCGGUUUCCAGUGUCCAUUCUGCACUUUCAAAAGUGAAUCAGCUGGAUUUCUUAAGCGACAUGUGGAAAUACAUGGCCAAAAGCCGUUUGCGUGGCCUCCUAUUUACGUUGGCGUUAAUACCCAGAAACGAACAGUUGGACCAAUUGAAAAGCGUGUGCAUUGCAGAUCCACAAUGAAGGUGUUGUUUCUUCGUUGUGCCCAGCAACAUCCUCCAGUUGGGGGUCCAAUGAAAUGGCCUUGUCCGAUGACUGGUUGCAAGUUUACUGCUACUGUAGUGCCACAGCACGUUGUCCACCACAUAAGCAGCCAUGUUCCGUCGAAAUAUCGCCGGUUACCUCACCAUACAUGUCUAAAGUGUGGCGUGUGCUUUGGAAGAGCUGGAGCCCUACGCACUCACCGUCUUAUUCGUCACACUCAACGACAUCAUCCCAAGGCGUUACAGUAUUUCAUGCGCGAAAGAGUUGGAUUCAACUAUGUGAGCUUCGCGAAGCCCAAGUUCGAAAUAGAGCCAGACGAAAAGAAGUAUGAACCACAUAAUGACAGUUCGACACCGGUCCAAUCAAUGGAGCCCAGGAUAAUCAAGAUUGAGUCGGAGGAAAUGCUGGCGCAAGCUGUUUCUAUUCUUACGAAUGGAGAGGUGGAAAAGCCAAAACCGAAUGAGUUUUCUUGUACUCUGUGCCCAUAUAAAACCCCUACUCGAUCAAAUCUUAUUCGGCAUGAAGCUAAACAUCAAGUUAAGGAUCUUUUUCAGUGUCCCCACUGUACGUUUUCUGGACGUACGCUCGAAUUCAUUGAGAAGCAUCGUCGGCUCCAUCAGACAAUCGCAACCAUCACUUCGUCCGCAACAAAUUCUCAAAUUCCAUCUACUCAAAUACAAGUGCCAUCAAUGGUCCUUCUACCUGUAUCCAAUGUACCAGUAUCGCUGAUUCCUCUUACGAAAACAGCUCCUGUGAUAACUGUAUCUCUUGGCACUGUACCAGGAGGACAAAUCACAGUACCGACCAGUACUCCCCUACCGAUCACCUUUGCAUCUGUACUCCAAGAACAGACUCUCGUCCAGUCACCUGCUGAUGCAUCCGCAUGCGGGGAACAGAAGCCGAAGUGUCUACCGCGUCGCUCCGCAACUGAACCGUCAUUGCGUUUCAUCGGGUCUGAUGGUGUGAAACGACGUCGUUGUCCCCUGUGUCCGUAUGUCUCAAAAUUUUCAUGCGACAUGCGGUCACACAUGGAAAUGCAUACUCUAAAUGCUCGCUUCAAGUGUACUCAAUGCUCAUACAGUACAAAACGUGCAGUCAGCUUACGAUCCCACAUCGCCCUGCACACUGAGGACAAUGCUAUAAAAGCCAAAAUCGGCAAGCCGAUAAAUAUAGUUGUUCAAAAAGUGCUAAUUGGUGUCAAGCGCGGUCGUGGCAUGUCCGGAUUCUAUUGUUGUGCUCAUUGCCCAUUUGUCACUAAGAUAUGUGCAGAGCUCUGGAGACAUGCCAGGCGGCACAUGGGGGAGUCAAAACGAUUCAACUGCUCUCUUUGCUCAUUUUCAUCAGGGAGCUUAGACAUUAUGGAAGAGCACCAGCUUCUUCAUCCUGAAGGAGUCGCUUUCAUUCGACAUGCCGCUGAUGACGAGAACCCAUCGACCCUGACACCUUCCUAUGUGGAGCUAAAGUGCGACGUGUGUCCUUUCAAAACGACUGUUUACCAAAGAAUGUGGAAUCAUAAGCAGAAGCACAAGAAGACAGCAAAGUUUGUAUGCAGUAAGUGCACAUUCAGCACUGGAUCGGAAACGUGCUUAGAGGAACAUAUGGUUGUUCACAGUGAACCUAACAGCCUCAUGGACACCGGAACAGUGCCAAGUCGCUCCGAAUCCGCCGAUGGAAUUCGUAAGUUGGGCAGUGAAGAAGCAACAACACCCGACUCUCAGAAAGCGUCAAUGCUUGAGGAUAGUGGAACAAGUACGGAAGGAGCACUAAACUCCUCUGCUGAGGCUGAGGUUAAGCCGCCAUGCAUUGCUGCUCGUGUACCGUUGUCAAUAAAAGUGGAACCUUCUGUGGUGUCAUUAAUGCGACCUACAAAAGAAGUACUUCCGGUUUUGAAGAGAGAUCGUCAGGAUGAAGAUCGUCGUCAAUGCCCCGACUGUCCAUUUGUGGAAUCUGAUGAGAUGAUAUUCAAUUUACAUCGUGAAAUGCACGGUGGCCGUACUCGAGCUUUCGCUUGUAAUCUAUGCAAUUACAGCUGUUUUGCUCCGGAAACGCUACAUUGGCAUCUCUCACUUCAUUUGCCGUCACUGAGCCCUGCAAGUGCCAUAGCACAAAGGAAACGAGGAUUGAAUCGACGCGCAUUCCAAGCUUCCGACCCUAUUCCAUUGGGAGCAAAGCAUUUUGCAUGUACUCAGUGCUCAUAUCGUACUGUCCAUGAAGCAAAUUUUGUACAACACCGACAACAACAUGCUCAGCACAUUCAACAGCGUUUGGUAACACAGAUGAAGCGAGCCGCUUCUCAACAAGAAGAGGAUAGCAGGAGGUUUUCGAAGAUGAAGCGGGUUGCAAAGAAAAGUGAUAAGCAUCAUGCUUGUAUUCGCUGUGCAUUCCGGUGCGACACUUCGGUGGCAUAUUCGAGACACUUAGAAAUGCACACACAAAAUGCCAUCUUCAAAUGCCGGAUUUGCGAUUAUUCGGCAAACACAAAGAAUAUUGUUGAUUUUCACGAGCAAAACCACCAUCUGGACCAGUCAAUUACACAGCUUCGAAGGAACGCAAUAUUAGCACCAAAUUUUGUUCGACUGGACGUAACUGUAUCGGAUGAAGAAAGAGCACGUAUAGCUGGCCAAGAGUUGCGAUGUAAGAGAUGUUCGUUUCACACCCUGGAGGUGUCUUUGCUCGCCAAGCAUUGGGAGCAAAAGCAUUGUGAAACGAAAGCGGAUCGAGAUUUUGCAGCUGAUCUACGAAUGGAUUUAGUGCCAGCUAACAGUAUUCUCACAACCGCUUGA